AUGCAUGAUUUGCUUCGAGACAUGGGAAGAGAAGUUGUCCGUGAAAAAUCCCCCAAGGAACCUGGAAAAUGCAGUAGAUUGUGGCAUAAAGAAGACAUAAAAGAUGUAUUAGCAAAACACUGUGGGACUGAAGAAAUUGAAGGAGUAACACUGAAUUUGCUAAGAUCUGAUGAUGUAAGUUUCAGUACAAAAGCAUUUGCAAAUAUGCAGAGACUGAGAUUGCUCCAACUCAAUUACGUACAACUCACUGGAAGCUACGAAUAUCUUACCAAAGAGUUAAGAUGGCUAUGUUGGCAUGGUCUCCCUCUAAAGUUCAUACCAAACAGCUUUCACCAACAGAAACUAGUUGCUAUAGACCUGCGUUAUAGCAACCUCACGCAUGUUUGGAAGGAUCCUGGGUUGCUAGACAAGUUGAAGAUUCUUAAUCUCAGUCACUCUCAUUACCUACAACACUCGCCAGACUUCUCGAAACUUCCAAAUCUUGAGAAACUGAUGCUCAAAGACUGUAAGAGUUUGUUCGAGGUGCACCCAUCUAUUGGACAUCUUGAAAGACUUCUUGUGGUAAAUUUGAAAGAUUGCAAAAUGCUCAAGGAUCUUCCAAGGAGUUUCUAUGAGUUGAAAUCUAUUGAAACUCUUGAUCUUUCUGGCUGUUCAAAAUUUGCAAACUUGGAUGAUGAUUUAGGGAAGAUGGUAUCAUUGACAACUCUUCUUGCAGACAACACAGCCAUAAGAAAAGUACCUUCUACAAUAUUACGACUGACGAACCUGAAAUAUUUAUCUCUGUGUGGUUUGAAAGCAUCACCAUCUAACUCAUUGCCCUCUCUUUUCUGGUCUUGGGUAUUGCCUAGGAAAAUUACUAAACCAACUAAUCUAUUGCCCCCAUCAUUACGAGGCUUAACCUCUUUACAAAGAUUAUCUCUUCAAGACUGCAAUUUAACUGAUGAUGCAAUUCCUAAGGAUCUGGGGAGUUUAUUUUCCUUACAAGAAUUAAAUCUACAAAGCAAUAGUUUUCGUAGCCUGCCAUCGAGCCUCAAUGGCCUUUCCAAGCUUCGAAGGCUAAUAUUGGAUUAUUGUGCAAACCUUAAUGCAAUCCCAGAGUUACCAAACAAUUUGAAAUCCCUGGAAGCGAGAAACUGCACUUCACUGGAAAGAAUACCAAAUUUAUCAGAAAUCUCGAAUAUGGAUACUUUGAGUCUGACAAACUGCAGCAAACUCAUUGAGAUUCCAGGCUUGGUUAAGUUGUUGAAGUCCUUGAGAUUCAUUCGAAUGGAAGGCUGCAGCAAUAUCACUGAUGCUCUUAAAGAGAACAUCCUGCAGGGAUGGACUGUGAGUGGAUUUGGUGGCAUUUUUCUCCCUGGAAAUAAUAUUCCUGAGUGGUUCCCCUAUGUUGAUGAGGGCGCCUCAGUCUUUUUUGAAGUGCCUCAAAAUAUUGGUUGUAAUUUGAAGGAGUUGAUUGUGUGCAUUGUUUAUUCUUCAUGUCUCGACAACAUAGUAUCUCAAGAUCUUACUAGCAUUUCAGUUAUAAACUAUACCAAGGGCACAAUGCGUACCUCGAGGCCGGUUGCAAUAGACGUGGUAGCAUCUCAUGAAGAUCAUCUUUGGCAGGGAAAUCUAUCAAACAAUGUGUUCAAUUUGGAGGCCUGUGAUGAAGUUGAGGUUAUCGUAGAUUUUGGACCCCAAUUUAGCGUGAAGAAAACAGGGGCCAGUCUAGUGUGGGACAAAGUUAUCAAUGAUAAGAUGACACAGUAUGCUUCUGGCUCCAAUGAGGAUGCUAAUGUUCUUGGCGAGGACAAUGCUCAGGCAGACAUUAAGUCGAAGAGAGCGCUUGCUGACGGCGAUGCAGGACCAAGCCAUGGCUCGUCUGAUGAGGAUCGACUUCCCAAACGAUUGAGGUCCGAUCCCAAUACUGAAAUGAGCAUAGAUGAACAUGUGUAG